AUGGUCGCGGCUCAGGCCAACCAUGUCAUCUCCGGCUUCGAGUAUCUCGGAUGCGUCAGUGUCACCUCGGACAAGUUCGACGCUUUUGUCGACUUUGGUAAAGGCUACACCCCUGAGCAGUGUCAAUCGGCUUGCACCGGUCGCAACUACGCUGCUACUUUCCCCGAUGGUUGUCGUUGUGGGAGCAGCAUCCAGAGCUUCCCAGUCGUGAACGAGGCUCUCUGUAGCUACCCGUGCAACCGCAACACCGCGCUUGGCCAGUGUGGAUUUUUCAACCCACCGACCUGCAGCUAUGCCAAUGUGUACAAGGCCUGUAACGAGAUGCCGCUCCCCUCUGAUCCGUCUCCCGUUGGCCCGGCCUCGACCGGUCCAGUUGGCAACGAUCCAGGUUCAGAUAUCACGUACUCCACAAUCCGACUCCCUCCCAUCACCCGUACCGUGAAACUGGCUACGAGAUCUACCGUCAUCAUCCAGAGCGUCACGCCUGGUAGCGAUGGUCUGACAACUUCCUGCACCGUGCUGUCGGGCACUCCCACUACUCUGGCGCCAGCGUCUCCUUCAGCUCCCACAGUUGUCGUUCAGACGGUCAUCGUUCAUGUCCCGCCAAAGAGCACCCCUGGAUUGCAGAGUUACGGCAGUGUCCAGUCGGAUCCUCCCGUGGCUACCGCACCACCGGCUGCGCCGAUGACUGAGACAUACACCAACCCGUCCUCGCCAUCUCAGACGACUCCCAGCGACCCCAACGUCACCAUUCCUCCUCCCGGCAAUGUCACUGUUCCCGUUGCUACAUCGACCCCCGAUGGACCGAUGUUCCAGACUCUCAUUCUAACGGACGACCCUCCUGCUGCCACCGCGACGUCCACGCCAGCCGUCGUGACUCAGAGCCCAGCGCAGCGGCUCACAGUCUCGGGCAUUGGCAUCGUCGUUGGGGUUCUGAUCGCGAUGGGUUUCUAG